AAACGUCAAAUUUACCAAAAUCGCUCCAAGGAAAAGUCGCUCCUGUUUGCAUUUUUUUCAAAAAUUCAUUUAAAUCAAAAAAAACCGACAAAAUGUCCUCCUCUGACUUUCCAUCUUGCUCCAAAUUUGUUAAAUCAAAAAGUGUUAACAAUAAAAUAAUCGAUUAUUAUUUAAAAUAUGCAAAAGAUCGUGAUAUUGAGAAAUUUAUGAGAUUCACUCACAGCAGUACAAGUGGCAAUAGUAGUAGCAACUCUUGUCCAUGUCCACUAUUAACAAAAUCAUCAUCAGAAAGUGAUGAAAAUAGUAAUUUGGUAAAAGAAGAAUUAAUUAUUGCUUUACAACCAUGUGAAAAUGUAAAUGAACUUAAUAAAGAGAAUAUUGGUCAGGAAGCCAAUAAAAUCCCCUCAGAACCACGAACUCCUCCAAAAGUUACAGAAACAAUCUUUCAAGUCCCAGAUUCUGUAACAAAAAUUGACAAAAAACUUGAAUGGGACUCUUUGGGUGAUGUGGGUUAUAAAAAAGCCAAUUCUACAGGGAAUCUAAGUUCCCUGGAAAGAUCGGUGCUGAAGGAACUUUUCAGUGAAAGUCCUUCAGUUCCUAACAUUCCCCAUCAAAGAUCUGAUGAGUUGAAACCAAUUUCCACUCAUUCUUUGAGUGCUGAAUCUCGCCGAGAAAAAUGGCGCCAAACUUUAGAAAAUCUAGGAAAAAAAUAUUCCUCCCGUUCGAAUAGUCUAAAUACCCAAGAAUUCAUGGAGUUGCCACAAAGCACUCCCAAAGUUGUUCCAAAUACUGACAAAUCUUGUCAAACGACUUUGGACAAGACCAAGACAAACGUUUUGGUCAAAACUAGAACAAAUCAUUCUUGUCAAACAAGUUUUGAUAGAACUAAAGUUCCUGAGACUUAUUCUCAGUUAAAAACCCAAGAAACUCAAGCAAAUCUCUCCUCUCGUGCUGAGAGUUUUGCUACGCAAUCAAGCUUUGAAUAUGUUUCUGGGGGCGACAAACGACGACAAAGUGAAUCAUCACAAAAGUCGUCGUCACUCUCAUCGACAAGACGAAGCAUUCUUAGCGAGAAGAGUACAAACAAAUCCCAUUCGUCGACUCCCCCCGACUCAGUCAAAGACAAAGACCAACUGACAAAAAGAACAACAAAUCGUUCCUCCAAAACUGAAGUCGACUUGGGAAUCAAACUUCUCUGUUCUUUGAUAGAUGCGAAAAAUCUCACUUCUAUGCAAAAAAAGAAUCUUGCAAAAAAGAUUUUUGAGAAAAUCACAAAACAAUCGGAUGAUGCCUCUUCUGGUGGGUCAUCAUCUGUGUCAAGUGCAUUUAGCAUUCGAUCGUUAAAUAAUAGUAAUUCUCCUCCGCUGGUCGAAGAAGAUCAAAAACAGAAAAUUGCAAUUCCAAAUAAAGUUUCUGUCGAACAAAUGAGUGAAGAAACUCAAACAGAGGAGCUUCCAAAAGUGGAGGAAGACCAGAAUCCACCUCAAUCCUCGCCGUCGCUUGAGGAACCUGUUACAAUGAGAGAAUGGUUACAUCCAUUGACUCGUUCUGAGAAAGAUUAUGAAAAGAAAUUAAAACAAAAGUCACAGACUAUGACUUCAGUUCAUGCAAGUGAACGUUCCAAACAACUUUCUUGGAUUGAAAUGGAAAUCAAUCGUUUGGAAGGACUUAAGAAUCUUAUACUACAAGAUUGUCCUUCAAGAAGUCGAUCUCAAUCAUCAUCGUCGACUAUUAAGUCUUCCAGAGGGAAGUCAGAGAUUAUUUAUGAGGAAACAGCUGAGGAUUUAGUUAAUGAAGAGGAUCAAUAUAAGAGGACGACAGUUCGAAGGACUUCUCAGAAUGUGGUUAUUUAUGAUGAACCCACUGCCGAGAAGAAGCAUCCCGAAAAAGUGUCAUAUAAGACUAUUAACGAAGGAGAUCUUGUCUCAUCUUCAAAUUCCCUCAAAAACAAUCAUCGUUCGAAGCUGGAGACACCAAGUAGUAGUCCCAGUACAGAGCGGGAGAGUGUUGGAGCGUUUGCAGAUCAUCUGCAAAAGCAAUUUAUGGAUAGUUACGAGAAGAAGAAGCACACAAUGUCAGCUGAGCACUAUUCAGAGCCACGAAUUUGUGGCAAACCGAUUUUCACAAGAAACCCGUCUUACACUUCGGUGGCAUCAUCAGCAUUUUGUAUGUCGUCUGAGAUGUCUAUUCCAAUUGUUGAGAGUACAUCCACUUCGACGACAACUCAUCAAUAUGACAGUAAUGGUUGUGAUAGUAUUGAAGGGGUGGCAAUUCAGACUUCCUAUUCGGUCAUUAAGAGUGAUCCUAUCUUUGGUCCAAGAUGCAGGUGCAUUUGCACUUGUGGGAAAGAGUGUAAAUGCUCUUGUCCCAGACCGACAGUUCGGGUGUCUGGGAAGUCAUUCCAUCAGACAGUUCAAGUUAAACCGAAGGCUCUAGCUUAUGUGAUUCGUUUUAAUGAGACUUCUGAUGGACAGGGGAAUAAAAUUACAGAGGAUGGAGUUUCAUUGCAGAAACGCCUCGAAAUGAAGAUGCCAGAUUUCUGUUCAAAGGCAAAUGAACGUCGAGAAAUUUUGAAGAAAUUGCAUGCUUUGCGGCAGGAGAGAGAAGCAAGAAUUAGAGAGAUUGCAGAUAGUUCGAGUGUUUCAUCGAUUUCGAGGAAACUUGGGGAACUUCCUCCGCCUCCGAUAAAACAAGUAAGAAUCUGUCCAAGUAGAGAGAUGAAAGGAAUGACAAAGAAACGUUAUUGUAAAUUACCAGAAGUAGUUGCUAAACAAGAGCGUGAGAAAUUGGAACGAAGGAAGAAGACUACGAGAGUAAUUACAAAUAUUUUUAAUAAGAAAUUGCAGCGCAUGGUUCAUAAUGGAAAACUCUCACUUGAAAAUAGUCGCACUGUUAUAUGAAUGAAGUGAAAACGUGGGAGUUCUAGAGAUUAGUUAG